UGGAUUGGUCGUACUUUCAAAACCAGCUUGGGCUUUAAAUGAGUAGCCCAAUUUGGCUACAGUUCUAUUUUUAUCAGUGCGAAAACGAGUUAGUAGAACACAACUAGAGCGCCUCAACGUGCGUAGUACAAUGACAGUUUCAAACAAUGCUGCGUCACCUCCUAUUGGCCUUAGACGAAACGGGAUUAUCCAGUAAAAAUUCUGCCUUUCUUCAGUUUGUGAGCAACAAGCAUUCUGAUUGGCUAGAGGAGUCGGCUCUUCUAAUAGGCUACUUCAGCUACCCGGCGUGUUCCAUCCGACGUCACAUCCUACACGCGCGGGUGUUCACUUCCUGUUCUUCCGGUGAUUUGGUUGCCAUCUUUCCUCCGGUGUGUAAUGGCGAACAACAGCGCGGCGGCCCUGGCUGGGGCGCCGCAACCAGCCCAGACAGGCGGCGGUGUGAAUAAACCGGCGGCCUCAGGGAAGUCCGGAAACGUGUUGCCGCUCUGGGGCAACGAGAAGACUAUGAAUCUGAACCCCAUGAUCCUGACAAACAUUUUGUCCUCCCCUUACUUCAAGGUGCAGCUGUACGAACUGAAGACGUACCAUGAGGUGGUGGACGAAAUCUACUUCAAGGUUACUCAUGCUGAACCCUGGGAGAAAGGCAGCCGGAAAACUGCUGGACAGACAGGGAUGUGCGGAGGGGUUCGUGGUGUGGGUACUGGCGGUAUUGUUUCUACUGCUUUCUGCCUCUUGUAUAAACUGUUCACCCUCAAGUUGACAAGGAAACAAGUGAUGGGUCUAAUUACACACACUGACUCCCCAUACAUCAGGGCUCUUGGUUUUAUGUACAUAAGAUAUACACAACCUCCUGCAGAUCUGUGGGAUUGGUAUGAAGAUUUUCUUGAUGACGAAGAGGAACUGGAUGUAAAGGCUGGGGGAGGCUGUGUAAUGACUAUUGGGGAGAUGCUGAGAUCAUACCUCACCAAGCUAGAGUGGUUCUCCACGUUGUUCCCUAGGAUUCCAGUACCGGUCCAGAAGCAUAUAGACCAGCAGAUAAAAACAAAGCCACGGAAGGUUAAGGAAGAAGCAGAAGAGGUGCCGGAAGUGGAGCGGCACACUGAGAGGAGGCGGUCCAGAUCGCCAAAAAGAUCAUUAAGUCCUCGGAGGUCUCCCAGGAGAUCCAGAAGCAGAAGUCAUCACCGAGAGCACCGUGGCACGUCAAGUUUUGACAGAGAGCUAGAAAGGGAGAAGGAACGUCAAAGACUGGAAAAAGAAUCCAAAGAGAAGAGAAGAUCAAGAAGCAAUGACAGAGGGCUGGAACGCAAGAGGAGCAAAAGCAGAGAAAGACACAGGACACGAAGCAGGAGCAGAGACCGCAAAGCUGAUAGAAGAGAGAGGGAUAGAGAGAAAGAAAAUGAGAAAAGUAGAAAACGGGACUAUGACAAAAAAGGUAAUGGUAGAGAUAAAGAGACUGACCGGACCAGAGAUCGGUCAAAAGAACGUAAGAGGAGUCAGGAGAAAAAAGAUAGAGAGGAUAAGAGGCACAGAGAUGACCGAGAUUCUCGUAAGGAGAGGCGGCACAGCAGGAGCAGAAGUAAAGAUAGAAAACAGAGAAAGAGUAAGAGUCCUUGUAAGAAUGCAAGUAGUCGAGCUCGCAGCCGAAGCAAAGAAAGGUCAAACCGACAUAAAGAGAAGGCAAACAAACGUAGCAGAAGCACAAGUCGAAACCGAACAGACAGUGCAGAGAAGUCAAGAAAACGGGAACGCAGCUCUAGCCGGGAGAAACCACGUAAAAGAAGCAGAAGCAAAGAACGGGGGCAUAAGCGUGAUGGUGUAAACAAGGACCAUGAUUACCACAGCGGUGACCUUGAUGAAAAGCAAAGAGACAAAGAUGAGACUCUGUAACAUUUAAAUUGAACGGAUCACAUUGAAUCCUGUUUUUCCCUUUUUAUUUCCUGCUUCCCUUUCGAGGUCGUGUUGUUCUGUAGCACUCUUGUUUAUAUUAUUUUGACAUUGUCUAAGCCAUGAGACUCCUUUCCCUGUUUUUCAUUUAUGGAUGUCUUUUGGGAAUCCCCUGUGCAUCGGACAUUUUACUCCUGCAUUAGCUCAUUGCCUCGGUGCGGCUAUUGUUUCGUUUUAAUUAUUCAGUGUUCUGAAAAUUGACAAUGUCCCUCUGCUAUUUUAACUCCUCCUGUGACACAAUAGCCCUGCAAGAUUCUGUAUGUAAGGGCCAUUAUGUUUGCCACGUCGUUCAGAAGCUAAUGAGGUUGUCAUCCAGAUGCUGAGUGCAUGGCUUAGCUGACAGUUUGUUAACUUGGUUAUUUUUGUCAUUUUCUAAAAUGAAUACAGACUUAAAAUUUCAAAUUUGUCAAUCUGUCAAAUUCUAGUGUUUUUUUUUAAGAAAUAUAAAAUUUUUGAAAUAAGCUUUCCUUUCUAAAAUGGGUCCAUAUAAACGUUACUGAAUGGAUAGAGCUUCUAGGAAUGGAACAAGCUGCUGUUAUUCGUGUCCAAAGAAACAAUCGCCUUGUUAAGGAUUUUAAUUGUUCAAAGCUAAAAUGCCAUCCGUGUUUUAUUUUGCAGUAUCUAAAUGUGGAUUUUCUUUAAACGGCAGUAGGGGUUUCCUUUUGCAAGCCACAAUAAGAGACUUGGUAUUAAUCAAGCCAAUCCUUAGGCUUCCUUCGCAUGGGCAUUUUUACUUGUGUUUAAGCUGUAUGGUAAAAAAAAAAGUUGGCCUCUCAUUAGUUCACUUAUACAGUUAUUUGAUCUGCAUCUGCCUCAGGUCUGUACCCAUGAGACUGGCUAUUAAUGUGAAUGCAUUCAAAAUAGAAAUGAUUCUUUUUUUUUUGUUUCUACAAUGCGUGCUUGUUCCCCUGGGUACAGACACUUAGGGCACACUGAGAUUAGGUAACAUUUGUCUGUUAUCUUUAAAAUCUACUGCACAUCAAACUCUUUCAAAAAUGCCUCUGUUUAUGUGACCUAGGGAUAAGCAUGAUUGACUUCUCCUACAAUAAAUGGAACUAUGGAAACAGUG